AUGUUGCAGUACUACCCGCCAAGCAAGAAUCUACCCGACGGCGGCCAGGAAUACUUUGUCAACAAGAAUGUUUGGGUAGAAGUGUUUUACGCUGGUUCCGUGGAUAUCAAUCGGCGGCCGCUGGACCCAAUCCAAGCGACUGGAAUGGGCACAUCUCGGAUAGGAGGACUUCCAAAUAAUAAGUACUGCGAAAUUUGCAACCUCUACCCGGUCGCGAAGCCCGGAUCGGCGACUGAGAAGGGAUCCGAGAAAGAGCUCGGAGAUUUGUGGCCGGAUGCGGUGGAUACCGUCUGUCAUUUGGUCAACCAGACGUGUGAGAUGAUGGAGAACGAUUUCGGUGUGGCUGAUGCGCAACAACGCUCUGCAGAACGAAUGGACAAUGCGAUGGCGGUACUACAGCGCGAGAUUGAGAAAUGUCAGGAUGUUGAGAUCCUUGCAUUUGCUGAAGAUCUUCGACAAGUUGUUAGUAGCUUCAAGAUGCAGCGAAAGGUGGUGAUGGAUCUUCUCAACAAAAAGAGCCAAGAGAUUGACGUGACGACCGACAUUUCACAACAAUCCCUGAUGAUCCGAAUGCCGCAUAGCGUUUUGCUGACUGCCGGAUCGAUCGCCGAUAUGCCGAAAUACAAGAAGAUGCUUGACGCUUUUAGCCAAAAGAUGGCGCCAUUCGAGAUUCUGACGUUGUUCUUCUGCCUCGAAGAGUCAAGCUCUUCAAAAUACGGACCGUAUUUGGAUAUUUUACCCAAGAAAUUCGACACCCCAGCCGCAGAUGGAAUUCACUUGCUCGUCGCUUUGGCCAUGAAAGCAGGCGUUGAAGUCUCGGAUCGACAUGUGAAGGCGCUAGAAGAAGCCGCGCAACCCAGUACGAUCUACGCUUCUGACGAGGGUCCCAGCUGGUCGCUGCGCACGAAUAUGCAGAUUCUGUUGAUGCCAAAGGCCGAGCUG